GGUUAUUGUCUGAUUCCCUUCGCUUCCCUGCUCACCCUCCCAUGCUCUCAGCAGACAUAAACCUCCGACUCAAACCUUCGCCAUGAGCAUCUCUCCUUAUAAGAAAAGAAUCCCCCUUUCGUUUCAUUCUUCUCCUCCUCUCCCUAAGACUGGCUAGGGUUUCUUCUCUCACUUCGUCCGCAUUCUGGACCUAGCGAUGACGCGCGCUUCUUGUUCUUCUGCCUGCUUCCCGAGGCGCGAUCUCUGCGAAAUCUCCGAAAUGUUCCAAAAGGGGAGGAUUCAGCUGGAAUCGAAGGUUUCUGGUGCACCAAGGACUCAGCUCUUAUUUCGUAGGAAAACUUCACAGGGACUUCCAUUUGAGAAGGAACACAGAUUUGGCCGUUCAUGGAUUGACCCCAGUCGUUCAAGGAAGUUAGACUGUAAAGGAUGGUCUCUUCAGAAACACUAUACACCUUUCAUCAAGGCAGUUGCUAAUGUAGCACCAAAUUGCUUGGUUCCCAGUGAGGAUGACCAUAAAUGCAAUUCCAAUUCGCUUUUUGGUUCUGAUUCAUAUUCUCAAGGUUAUCAGUCUUCAAAUGAUGUUUCAUCUGAACAAGAAGACGGGGAGAAAUUAAGACGAAUGAGGAUUUCAAGGUCAAACAUGGGGAGGGUUCCAUGGAACAAGGGCAGGAAACACAGUGCAGAAACCCUUCAACGGAUCCGAGAAAGGACCAGAAUAGCAAUGCAGGACCCUAAGGUUAAAAUGAAGUUACUGAACUUGGGGCAUGCCCAGAGUGAGGAGACAAGGAUAAAAAUUGGCAUGGGAGUGCGAGAAGGUUGGUGCCGCCGCCGCGAGAGAUUGUUGGUACAAGAAAAAUGCUUGUCAGAGUGGCAAAAAUUGAUUGCUGAAGCCUCUAGGAAAGGAUAUGCUGGUGAAAAGGAGCUGCAUUGGGACUCGUAUGAAAUUUUGGAUAAACAAUUGAAUCAGGAGUGGCUGGAGAGCAUUGAGAAGAGAAAGACAAUGCGUAGGCCAAAAGGCAGCAAGAGAGCACCCAAAUCCUCUGAGCAGCGGAGGAAGAUCUCAGAGGCCAUAUCUGCCAAGUGGGCAGAUCCUGCUUACCGUGAGCGGGUUUGCACUGCACUAGCAAAGUAUCGUGGCACAUGCAUUGGGGUUGAAAGCAAACCAAGGAGAAAACCAAUUUGUGAAGUUCCUGUUAGAGGGGAGUCCAUGAAGAAGAAAGCUACUCAACCUGAAGAUAUCAACAGCAAAGCAAAUGUUAUCAGGAAAGCAACAUCUAGAAAACCAACAAAUGCCGCUCCAUCAUACAAAGACCCAAUGGCAAGGUCCAAUUUAGAGGUGAUAAAGAAAAUAAGAGAACAAAGGGAAGCAAUGGAAGCCAGGAAGGGAGAAGCCAUUGAUAGAGCAAAGUUAUUAAUUGCUAAAGCAGAGAAGGCUGCAAAAGCUCUCGAGGUGGCUGCAUUGAAAAGUGCUCUUGCACAAGCUUCACUUUUAGAAAGCAGGAAGUUGAUAGCUGAGGCAAAAUGGUAUGUUGAAAGCACAGAGACUGGAAAAAUUUCCCAGCAUAACCGUAGAGAUGAUGCAUCCUUCAGUUUUUAUGGACCAGCAAAAUGUGUACAGACUAGUUUGGGAACUCUAAAUAGUGAUACAACAUUAGAUAAGAAGCUAGUAAAUGGCAACCAUAGCCACUCUGUUAACAACAACAACUGUAUUGAGAAUACCAUCAACAAACUCAGACAGCAGAAUGGCAUGAAAAGUGGUGAGACUCCCUCAACAGUGGAGACUUCAGAAAACUUCACUGUGAUAGGCCAAGACAAUAUUUCAAUUAACUUACAGCAAAAUAAUGUUGGAAGACAAUCAUGCACUGCAGAUCCACAGGAGGGUCAAUCUGUAGUUAACAAUUCUAUUGGACAUGGUCACUUGCAAUGCAAGGAGGAAAACAAAGACGAAACUUUACAGACGGGAAAAGGGGACAGUUCCAUAACCUCUGCAACCAAAACGAAGAAAAAGUGGGUGCGAGGGAGGCUUGUUGAAGUUCAAGAGGAUUGAGAGUUGUGUUUGUAUACUGAUGAUGACUUGAUACAUUCAGGACCAAAAAGCUUUUGGUUUUGUAUCGAUUGCCUAACAGCUUUUUGAUUUUGUUGAUGUGGUCAGAGACUGCAUAUGUGAAUUUGAUCCAUGUAUCGUUCUUGCAACUUUCGAUCAUAACGUAUCAGUAAACUUCCAUAGAACUUCUAUGAAUGUUCUAUUGCGGAA